CUUGCGCAGACUCUUGGUGGCCUGAUAGACGUGCAACUACAUGUGAAUAACCUCAUUACCUGACAGUUACGGUUACCUACGUUCCACCCCAUUAGAGGGCUUCCUGGUUCCAACGAUUAUUUUGACAAAAUUAUUCUGAUCUUUGCCUCACUUCCCAAAGAGUUUUAUAUUUUUGAUUCAAGAACUGUCAUACUACUAGAUCAAAGUGGAAAUUAUGGAUUCUUGGGCCGAAGUUGUCAACAAUCUAAAUUACAGAUGAUAUCCUUGAAUGACAGCAAGAUGGAAAAGGUAAAUAAUCGUCGAGAUCCUUAGCAUGCCAAGAAGGGUUAGGUUCAUGGCAAAAUACCCACAAGGAGAUGAGAAAUCCCAGACCAAAAACUCUCUAUUGUGGAGAAGUCUUUGUAGUUCGUACAACUGUUGGUAAUACCAACAGUUACACUACAUACCAACUUGGAAUUAGUGUAACCUUACUGCCGAACUCUGAACGCCGAGAAGUCAUCGAUGUUAUUGGUCAAACUGCGUCAUUUCCAUAAUAUCUCUCCCUUCUUAACAUCGACUUAUUUAUAUAGCCUACGGAAUUUUGAACUUUCCGGUUGCACAAGUAUUUGCGGCUCCCUUCUUCCGAGCCGGAGAUGAUUUCCAAAAACUGUUAAUGUAUGUUGGUAUUGAUUAGAUCGUCUUUUCAAUAACUUUUUACUCCACUAUCAUGUUUCACAAUGUUGUUCCACACAUUGACAUACAAACAUGGGGGUUGACGCUUCCCUCUUUAUCCAAGGAGAUCUCUCAUUUGCUCUGUAUCUCACUGCUUGUCUUAAAAAUCCCCAACGUUUCACCUGCAUUAACUCUUCUGCAUCUAAGAAUCUUUCUAGCGAUCUCCCAAAUAAUCAAAAUGUCUUCCAACGGUCAAUCCGCAGAUACUAAUCGAGUGCAUGCUGGCAAGGUUGCAAUUGUAACGGGUUCAGCACGAAGUACGUUACAGGAUUGAUAACCAUGCCAAAGCAUUUACGUAUUGACUAACCUUGUUAUUAGGCAUUGGCGCUGGAAUUGCUCGAAAUCUUGCAUCUAAGGGUGCUAACAUCCUAAUAAGUUAUCUAACCGAAGCAUCAGACAAAGCUGCUGCUGAGCUUGCGGAGGAGCUUACUAAGAAACAUGGCAUAGUCGCCGUGCCAUGUCGAUCUGAUAUCUCCACACCAGAAGGUUGUGCCGCCAUCAUCGAAACUUGUAUAUCGAAGAUGCCUCCGAAUACCAAAACCAACAAGCUCCAAAUCGACAUUCUAAUCAACUGCGCUGCUAUUAUGAUAGGCAUUGGCCCUCUUGAAAGCGUUACACAUGCGGAUUUUAUCAAGUCGUACGAGACCAACGUACUAGCACCCAUCUUGCUCACAAGCGCAUGCAAGCCCUACCUACCUACAGAUCGAUCAGGAAGAAUUGUGAAUGUUUCCAGCAUUGGACAGAAGGUCGGCACUCCAUAUUUGACGCUUUAUAACGGAACAAAGGGUGCGCUUGAGGCUAUGACAAGGACCUGGUCGAGAGAAUUGGCUGAGCACGCUACGGUCAACACUAUCAACCCCGGUUCGGUGCUCACUGAUAUGUUCCGUCAGUGUAGCGAUGAUGUGCUUGCAGCGCAAGCACAGUGGAGUCCUUUGAUUCCAUUAUCGGGUGUUCGUGAGUGGGAUACUGAAGAAGUUAAGACAGUGGGCAAGAAAUGGGGUGGUCGCCCGGCAUAUGUUGAGGAAAUCGCUAGCAUCGUUGCUAUGGUUUGUAGUUCAGAAAGUGCAUGGAUGACCGGUAGCGUUGUCAGUGCAAAUGGUGGGCAAUGUUUUAGCACGUAAAGUUCGACGUUGUGUAAUUUUUCUUUUACAAAAUUUGAAAUAAUGUUUGUUUAGAUUAGGCGUCGUGAUGAUGGGAAGUAUAAAUGAUGGAUAAUUGUUCCUAAUGUUUAAUUGGCGACUACUUUUGCAUAUAUGAUGAAAAUGCUACCAUAUUGCUGGUAUUCUUUAUAGAUGACUGAGCAAGUGCUAGUUCAAA